AUGUUCCGAAUGUGCCAGAAGCAGGAGCGAAAUCAAGGAAUGAGCUUCAAGACCAUCAUCAAUAAUUUCGCUCCUCUUACAAGUUUGAGUGAAGAUUACGUUAUCGAGAACAUUGACGGAGAGAGAGGGCAAACAGGCGUUGCCGAGCGACGCUCUCAUCUGAAAGUUCUGGAGUUGAUACACCAAUGGGGAAUAAGCGAGCUAAUGGCAACCACAACCUGA